UUACUCACCUAAAUUAUAUUAAUUAGACAUUUAUUGGUAGUUGAACCGACAGGUUGGCUAUUAACUAAUUGAGAUAAGUAAAUUCACGCUCUCUACACCCUUUUAUCAAUUGGCAUGCAUGCAUUUAUGUACCCUCCAAUUCGUAAUAAUAAUUAAAUAAUUAAAUAAAUAAAAAAUGAUGGAGAAGAGGGUGGCGAUCAUCGGAGCCGGAAUCAGCGGCCUGCUGGCGUGUAAACACGCAGCAUCCAACGGCUACGAUCCGAUCGUGUUCGAGGCGCAGGAUAAGGUCGGUGGUCUGUGGAACCAGACGAACGAAACCACGAGGCUCCAGAAUGUGAAGGAAACUUUCCAGUUCUCCGAUUUCGCGUGGCCGACUUCUGUUGAAGAUGUUUUCCCUCAUAACAAACAGCUUUUGGAGUAUCUGCAAUCGUACGCCGACAAAUUCGAGCUGUUGCGGUACAUCAGAUUCAACUCCGAAGUUGUGAGCAUAGAUUAUGUCGGAGUUUCCGAUGACGAGAUGCUGACGUGGGAUUUGUGGGGCGGUGGUGGAGGUGCUUUUGGCUCCUCCGCCGCCUCCAAUGGCGGCGGCAGGUGGAUCCUUAAAGUUUUCGACACUCAAAAUCAGACUAUCAAGGAGUAUGAAGCAGAGUUUGUUGUUGUCUGCAUCGGAAGAUUCAGUGGCCUGGCCAACAUCCCGGAGUUCCCACCGGAAUCGGGCCCGGAAAUAUUUUCCGGCAAAGUGUUGCAUUCGAUGGAAUACUCCGCCAUGGACAAUGCUAGUGCUGCAGAGCUUAUUAAAGGUAAAAAAGUUGCUAUUAUAGGCUCAGGCAAAUCAGCUAUCGACAUUGCAUUCGAAUGCGCAAAUGCAAACGAGAAUAAAAACCCUUGCACAGUGAUCCAAAGAACCACCCAUUGGAUGUAUACACCUUCGAUUGCUUAUUUGGGCUUCAAUCGAUUUUCCGAGCUUAUGGUUCAUAAACCCGGCGAAGGUCUCUUUUCUAGUAUGUUGGCCACCUCACUUUCACCUUUGCGGUGGGCCGUCUCUAAGAUGAUCGAAAGCUAUCUCAAAUAUAAACUUCCCUUGAAGAAAUACGAUAUGAUUCCGAAACAGAGCUUUUUCCAAGAAGCAUCUUCGUGUCAGAUACUAUUCCUUCCGGAGAAAUUCUACGAUAAAGUUGAAGAUAAAAGUAUUAUUUUGAAGAAAUCAAAUAAGUUUAUUAGCUUCUGCAAAGAAGGUUUAAUUAUCGACGGAGACGAAAAUAAUCCCGUAAAAGUAGAUAUUGUCAUAUUCGCCACCGGAUAUAAAGGCGAAGAAAAGCUCAAGAAUUUAUUUUCUUCUCCGACUUUUCAAACCUACAUUGAAGGAUCUCCCUCCUCCACAAUUCCUCUCUAUAGACAAAUUGUACAUCCGAGGAUUCCGCAGCUAGCAAUAAUCGGUUACUCGGAGUCGCUUGCGAAUCUGUACACAUUCGAAAUGAGGUGCAAAUGGCUAUCGUUUUUCCUAGACGGGGCUUUUAAUUUGCCGAGUAUUAAAGAAAUGGAAAAGGAUAUUCAAGAAUGGGACAAGUACAUGAAGAAAUACUCGGGCAACGGUAAGUUCAGACGAGCUUGUAUAGGUGGGGUCCACAUUUACUACAACGAUCAGUUGUGCAGGGAUAUCGGAUGUAAUCCGAGACGAAAGAAGGGAUGUUUCGCCGAGUUGUUUCAGCCUUAUGGACCGGCUGAUUAUGUAGGAUUAGCACCUGGUCAGGUCUGAUUAUGAAGGAUUAGCACUUGAUUAUGGCCAUGAUUAUGGUGAUUUGAAAUCAUGAUUAGCACCUGAUUAUGGCCAUGAUUAUGGCCAUGAUUAUGGAAUAAGGCUUUUGUUAUGGUAAUUACUUGCAUUUUUGGGGUGUGUUUUUAAUAAAUUGAACCAACUAAAAGCAAUGGUGACAGUUAUAACUGUGGCAAGUUCUCCACCUUUUUUUAUUUUUAUUAUUGAUAUAUAUCGGGAAAAUUGUAGUUUUGGUCCUCUACGAUUGGCCUAUUUAAGAAUU